AUGUCGUCAGCACCCUAUUCCUCCCGAACAUACUUAUCUUCCAUGAAUUUCCCUUCCGUCGACGACAUCGACCCGCUCCUAGGCAAAUCCAACUUCCACUCCUGGCGCGCUGUCGUCCAGCCAAUCCUCCUGACCAACAAUUACUCGUCGAACCUUUUUCUCGGCGACUGGACGGAGCCCAACGCAGCGAAGUUGAAUCUCGCGACGCCGAACAAAGAAGACGCGAGAGACCAGCUCGAUCAAGCCCGGCGGGAAUGGCACAUUGCCAACACCGGCACGUGCCGCUUCAUCCGGUCGACGCUGGCCAUGAAUGUGACUCCGUUCGUUCGUCAGCAUAAUACCGCCAAAGCCCUCUUCUUCAACCUCAUCUGGCUGUACGGCGACGAAGCGGGGAUCGAUAUGCAAGGUGGGCCGGCUGUGCCUCAAACAACAACUCCGAACAGUUACACGACUUCCACGGUGGACGGGAACAACAAGACGAAAAGUGGAGCCCUACAUAAAAAUCGAGCUAGUCUGCUUGCCGCGAUGAAUCAGGGGCCUGAAGCGGAUGGAGUACGCGGGUAUUUGGACCACGAGAGUCUAACGUUGCUUGUACCAACGACGACAACAACAUCAACAGCAUUAAUACCAACAUCAACGUCAACAACGUCAAGCUCGAAUUUGAAUCCCAGCUCAACAUCCCUUGUUCGGGUUGAGGGCGUGAAGAGCCAUGUCUCUGAUAGUCAAGUGGUGGCUUCAGCUCCUGCUCCGACUCCAUUGACCAGAAUCCACAUCUACGAACGGUCCAGACUUUCACCGAGUCCCAGUCUCACCACGAUUCACGAAGAACCUCACCCCGGCCGAAGAGUUUCUUACGGUCACUCUGCAGAACACAGUGGAGAUGAAGGGGAGCUUACCGGCAAUCGCAGUCCCAGUAUCAGCCCCCUGACACUUUCCGACACAAGUUCAAUAGUGGAUUACGUCGAGGAUCUGUAUCCAUUCGAUGAACUAGCCGGUGGUGCGACUCCGAGAGGUAGCCGCGGGCCGGGCCAGUAUCGAACGAAAACGAUCGGCAAUGUCACCAGAAACGAAAACAGCGCGUCUGGUUCUGCUUCUGGUUCGGGGAUCAUGGCUAUCUUCGGCACCGCUGGAAAGGACAAGGGAAACGGUGACACCAAGAAACGAGGGCGCGAUAGAUUUCCGUUCUCGUUUCCUCUUCGUCGGCUUACCAAGGAGCGGCAGCGGUUUCAGGGCCAGUAUUCGUGA